CUCCUCCCGCAGGCUGGAUUUCAUAUGAUCCACUUGCCCUAGACCUUAGGUCUGGUCUGAAUAGAGAGACACGGCCACUGGUGCUGCUGCAGAGGAAGUGCACAACUAAAGCUAAAGCCUAAAGACGCACAGAGAGCGAUUCAGAGAGCGAGAGACGGGGGAGAUGAGCUGUAGAGUCCAGUCUUGCUCUUGGACGGCACACUGACUGAAGCUGCUAUUAGUUUUACAGCUGUGCAUCUCUGUCACUCUGGAGUCAUGAGCUCAAAGGGGACGGACCGCCACAACAAACGUCUGCCGUCGGAGACGGAGCAUGCGCAGAGUGUCCCGGACCCAGAUUCGACCCAGCCAAUGAGGAUGAGAGAAAGACAACGAUUCUUUGAGGAGGUCUUUCAACAUGACGUGGAUGUCUACCUUUCCUCUGCACACCUGCAGAUAGAUUAUAAGAGACCUCCCUUAGGAAGUAUUUCAUCAAUGGAGGUGAACGUUGAUAUGCUAGAACAGAUGGAGCUGGUGGACAUCUCUGAUCAGGAGGCCUUGGAUGUCUUCUUCAGUGCCAGCGGAGAGGAAGGAUCGCUGACGCCCCAUCUUCCAGCUCUUGGCCACACUGACAUAGAAGAGAAUGGACUGCUGAGAUCUCACGUGUCCUUGAGAACUGCUGACCCCUGUGAGAUCAAAUCCCGAUUGUUGUCCACUUCCUCCAACUCCACCUGUGACAGUCAAGCCUCCAACGAGGACGGAUCGAGCACUCCUAUCGUUCAAUCAGAUGAUGAAGACGCGCAUGAAGCUGUGCCCACAGCCAGCGAUGCCACAAAAGAGCAGUCUGCCCCCUCAUUAUAAACCGCCUUCUCUUUAAUUACUGACAGUUUGGGAAGUGUAACAUGUCUAGCUUAAGACUGUUUCAUGGGUGGGUUGACCGGUUUGAGCCCAUAAAUCAAUCUACCAAAGACCUUCAUGAAUGCUUGUAUUUCACAACACUUUCAAGGCCACUAUUACUCCACACUGAGAGCGUCACACUUCCUAGUAAUUUUGUAAUAUAAUUUGCGUCUUAGCAAUAUUUGACUGUAUCUUUUGUUGUUCUGUGGAAAUAUAGGUUUAGAAAUGCCUACACACAUUUUGCAAUGCUCUUUACAAAGACUAAUGGUGCUCUGUAGGCGGACUACAUUGAAUUAAGGUGAUGAGUCUCGUGAAAACAUUUCCAAAGAAGGAAACAAAACAUAAAAUAGUAACACUUAAGAAUAAGGUUCCAUUAGUUAAGGUCGGUUUAUGUAUUAAUUAACAUGAACAAACAAUGAACGAUACAUUUGUUACUGUAUUUAUUAAUUAGUUAACUAAUUGUUAACAAGCAUAACUUUUGAUUUUAAUAAUGCAUUACUAAAUGUUGAAAUUAACAUUAACUAAGAUUAAUAAAUGCUGUAGAUGUUCACUAAAGUAGUUAACUAACAUUAACUAAUGAAACCUUAUUCUAAAGUGUUACCCAUAAAAUUAUAUUGUCGUUAAUGAAAAUCCUGCCUUUUUUUGUACAUGAUUAAAAGGAUAUUUCCCCCCAAAAUUAAAAAUUAUGAUAUCAUUUAAUCAUUCUCACGACAUUCAUUCAUCCUCAAUAACACAAAUAUGUGUGUGUGUGUGUGUAUAUAUAUAUAUUCUUUUUUUUUUAUGAAAUCUUAGAGGUUUCUGUCCACUCAGUUGAAAGCCCAUUAAAAACAUUUUACAAUCAAUCCCAUGAUCUUACAUUUAAAUCAACACAGAAGGAAAUUCAACAAAUACUAGCAUGGUGCAUAAAUAAAGUAUUAAAUUAAAGUUUGUAAAUGUUUUAUUAAAUUGAUGAGAAUGUGAGUUUUUUCAUGAGAAUUUGAUGGAAAAUAUGCUUAAUUGUUAUUUAAAAAAAAUCUUUAAAAUCUAAAAAAAAAAAAAAAAAUCUUAAUGAGCAUUUUCUUUUACUUAUUCAUCUUUAUUUACAGGACAAAAGACAAUAAAGUAUGGAUGUGAUGAUGGGAAUGGGCUCAUGACAUCCCAUGAGCAUUUGCAUAACCCCCUGUUUCACAGCACUAACAGGCUUCAUCUGCUUCAGGCGAAAACUAAUUAUUACGUUUGAUUUAACAGUUUUUGCGAGGUUGACCCUAAAACUGGGUGUGUCAAGUUUGUAUUUCAAGAACGUCAGAUGGGUGUAUGUCUUCACUUCUGAUGUUCACAACACCUUAUGCUUUGCUAUCAAAAUAAAGCCAAAUUUCAGCUUAA